UGCGCCGCGGAUCAGACGCGCACAUUCCGUUUUGUUUGUAAAGUGCCGCUGUGUGUUUUCCUUCCUUGUUGUUCUCCGCGUGUCAGACCGCUCACACGGUUCGCGUACAAAAAAACACCUUGUCCUGUGUGCCGCCUCAGAGGGGAGGGGGAAAGAAAGAAAGAAAGAAAGUAGGAAGAAGAAGAAGAAGAAGAAGAAGAAGUCCGUGGCUGUGAUUGGCAGCAGGACGGAAGCGACCAGGAUCGACCAGUGGCUCUUCUGUCUCUGCGUGCGACAGCCCAGUGUUUGUGCCCACCCAAGAUAUGACUGAGGUGAUGAUCAACAGCACCCCCAUGGAGGACAUGAGGCUCAGUCCCAGCAAGGACAGACUCUCCUUCCAGAUAUUCCCCGACCCCUCAGACUUUGACCGCUGCUGUAAGCUCAAAGAUCGUCUGCCGUCGAUCGUGGUUGAGCCGACAGAGGGUGAAGUGGAGAGCGGAGAGCUUCGCUGGCCUCCGGAGGAGUUCCUGGUCAGUGAAGAAGAAGAAGAAGAGGAGGAGGAAGAUGACGACGAGGAUGAUGGAGAGAAGGAACACAUUAAUGGCAGUAUCCAAAAUGGACAACCCAUGCAGAAUUCUCAGCACUAGAGGCUGCGUUUCAGCACCCACACUCUCCCAUUUCUUUCUGAUCGACUCUGCCUUUCACACACUGGUUAAACUUCACCACAGCACUCAGCAGACUCAACUGGCGAAACACGCAUUCAGCGUCUUUCGAUGCCAUCUCGCUGCCCUUGACACCAAAGCAUCACUCCCGCAAAAGAAACAAUACACACAUGCACACACACUUUCUCACAAAAUAAUUCAUCCUCCUGGACUGCCAUACCACCCAAACAGACUGAAACACACACACACCUAACAUACAUCCACUUCCUACCACACCUACCACUGUGUGUGUCUCGGCCCAGAGCGGAGGUCCCGUUUGACGGUGGCAGCUCAGUGCUCCACGGACAGGUCUUACACUGCAGGGGGCUACGGCUGCUCCGUACCUUGCUCCAAAGUAGCUGGCAUCAUGACCCCAGAGACUUUCAAGUUGCAUACAGAACUACUGUGGUACCUGUGGGGAUUAUUGUCUACAGCACACUGUCCACUGUUUCAGUUUCUGGAUUGUUUAUUGUGAUUGCCAUGGCUGUCCACAGAUUUGUCUGUUUCUGAGAGGUGAUUUGUCUUUCUCUAUUUUUUUUAAGUGGGUAUUUUGUCCAAAACGUUACUGGGGUUUCUUCCCUCCCCCUCACAGGAGUUGUCGAAAACAACAUGAAAUAAUUUUACAUAAGUGAGAAGAUGGUGAAAGGGCAAAAAUACAGCUAAAAAAAUACUGUGUGGUAGAUUCGCUGUACAAAGGCUUGUUGGGCAGUGAUUGCACUAGUCAUGCUAUGAUCGCUUCACGUUGGCCUCCUGUAAACCAUGUGACAGACUGCAGUUAGAUGACAAAGCAAAGAUUCUAACAUUGGAAAAAAAUGUGACGCAAGCGGGUUGUUCAAAAGGAGAACGCUAACAAGGAUGAAAAAUUGUCAUUUUACAGUAGUAGCACUUGAUAAAGCAACAAAGGAUAUGUAAAUACUGGUUCCCAGUCAGCCGACCCGAGGCCUUGUUUAAAAAAAAUUCUCUCUGCAUCGCUCUGAGCUGUACACAACUGAACUGAAACUUUCUAUGUCUUUCCUGGUCUUCCUUUUCUUUUUGAAAACAGCCAUACAUUUGAUGUUGUGGAGGUCACAGGGAAUUCAUACUGAAGGACAGAGUUCAUAAACAAGGAUUCAGACAGUAUCUUAAACAGUGUUAAACUUAACUCUCAAAAAAAAUGUAGUCCUGAUGUUUGAAAAAAAAAAAAAAAGCUGUUUAUUUGCUCUUGUUAGUUGGGUAUGUGAUUUUGUUCAUCUGUAUUGUAUUUUCAAAAAUUGGUGGGGGUUUUUUCUUUUUCAAAUCGCAAUAUAUUGUUUGUGGAACAAGUCUCGUCAGUCUGUGGAAAAGAUUUAACUUUGGUGUACACAAUCUGAAAUAGUGUUGUACAAGCAUGGCUGAUAUACUCUGUCCCUGCUCUUUUUGUAAUUUCUCAUUUUGAGUGGCAUUAGGGCUGUGUACAAAACAUCUCUCUUUGUCGGUCGCCCACAGGUCCCACAUUGUUUUUGUAAAGCUCAGGGAGAUUAGCCGCCACCUUUGUUUUGUUUUUUGUAUUUAGACCACUUUUCUCUGUGACAGUUACAGAGGCUGUAAAUAAACAUUUGCAUUUGCUAUCCAA